UGGGCGGGCGCCAUGGCAACGGGGCCGCCGCGGCUGGGGGGGGCCGGGACCGGGACCGGGAUCAGGACCGGGACCGGGAUCAGAACCGGGACCGGGACCCGGAUCGGGAUCCGGAUCGGGAUCGGGAUCCGGACCCGUUCAGCGCCAGGGGUCGGCCGCCGGCAGGGCGGGGGCCUGCGGGCAUGUGCUGCUAGAGGAGAUCACAAAGUCUGUGCAGGGAAGCUCCGAGUCCUGGACCCUGGCAGAGCUCAGAGUUACCUCACUGGUGGUUCUGUGCUUUUAGGGACCAUCGUCAGGGCUUAGUGUGGAGUCUCCCAGCUCACUGAAAGGACUUAACCAUGGCAGGUAAAAGUAGUAAACCCAAGCGUGCCAAAGGCAAGAGCUCCAAAAAGAAAGGGAAGAAGGCGGUGAAGGACGUGGACAUCCUCAGCCCAGCUGCCAUGCUCAAUGCCUACUACAUCUGCCACAACGCCCCCGCCUGCCUGGAGUUGCGGGGCUUUCCCUGGCCUGGCUCCCCUAAAAAGAAGGGGAAGAAACGAAAUUUGCAGGAGGAGAAGCUGAAGAGCGGUACAAGCUCUUGCCAAAAUGAAGAGCCCAGUUUAACAGCAAUUCCAUGCCGGGCAGACGUUUGGGAAAACAACUUCCUUCUGGGCAACCUCCUCCACAACUACCUACGGCAGCACCACGCGCGGGUUCCUCUGAAGCAGCUGGUACCCGACCAGGGGUCAGGAGCAUGCUGCUCGAGAUGGAUCUGAUCUGGUACGACUGCUAAAAGUAAGCAAAGCCUUUUUUACAGCCAUCACAGACUGGAGUUACGAUGAUUUCAAGACUCCAGAUCAAAGUUUUAGUUUGCAAAAGUGACUGGAACAGACAGUGAAAUACCAUUAUAGGUUUUCUCUUUAAAAACCAAAAAAAAAAAAAUCUGCUUUUUGUGUGGUGCAGUUGAGCACAGCAGAUGGUGACCAGCAAAGUGCAAAGGACAAAGACUCUGCUUUCUAGUGUAUCUGAAAAGUUGCCAUUCAUUUCUUUAACAGAGGGAAAACCCUUCCAACCAUCCCAAGCUGAAAAAUCAAUGCUUUUUCUUCUCCUUUUUCCCUUUUACCUCUCUCACGCCUGGAUCCAUCUCGGUUUUGCAGGCUCCCUGUUGGUUAACGAAUGCCAACAGACACCUCAAAAGAAAAGUUUGGCCUUCAAAUGCGUUGAUUCUCUGUUUGAAUGCGUUGCUUCGGAGUGCUGCAGACUGCUGCCAGCUUCUAAGGGGCAGUCUGGCUCAAGUGGACGUGACUUCACAGGCAGCCUGUUGCUGCUGGAUGACGCAGAUACCUCUGUCGUAUCACAGUGUGUAAGAGUUCGGUUCUAUGCAGGCUUUUCUUCCCGCCGGGGUGCAGAAUUUAUAAGCCGAGUUUAAGGCGAAUAAAGCCAAUUCUGCUCAAA